UCCCCGGGAACCCCCCACCCGCACGCCUCCCGCCUCUUUUUUUCUCAUUUAUAGCCGACCUGGAGCUUGAAAAUCGGUCUCAAAGUCCUCAAAGAGUGGAGCAAUAACUACUUUCCGACUGUAGCUUUAGCUUUAGCUUUUCAUUCAUUAUUUCUCGCUGUUCCUGACGCGCCACCAUGACGCACAUCGCUCCUCUUCUCACGCUGCUUUUCACAUCGUCACUCGUGCGAUGGGCGGCUGCAGAAGCGUCGAUCCUCUGCCCCUGGACUAGGGUUUUACCCAGCGGACAGGUGCACUACACUUUUGUCCGGAGGGACCCCCGGCAGGCCUCUCCAUCUCCGCGGCUCUACCACAGCGCCUGGUCCGGACGCACUCUGCUCAGCUGCGCCUGGAGCGAGCACGCAGGAGUGGUGCAGAACUAUCUCUCUCUGUGCCAGGAGCGCACGCACGAGUUCGUCGAUCACUCAGAUGACAAUUUUAAUACGGACAUCAUGUUCGAGGCAGGGGACAUGUGCGCGUCUGUGGAUUCAUCUGAUGCCGGAGGGCACGCUGGGAAGAGGUCAGUGAGGAGCGUGGCUGGUUCAUCAUCUGAGAAACACGAAGGUCGAGCUGAGAGGUCAGAGGUCAGGAGCCGUGUGAAACGUGGAUUUAUUGUACCAGGGACCCUCUGGUGUGGCUCUGGAAACAAGGCUCCAUCAUUUGAUGACCUGGGUGUUUUUUCCGACACGGACAGCUGCUGCCGAGAACACGACCAGUGCAAAGACACGAUCCUGUCCUUUCACUCACAGUUUGGUGUCUUUAACAGCAACAUCUUCACCAUGUCCCACUGUGACUGUGACAACAAGUUUCGCAGAUGUCUGAUGGAGUCCAAUGACAGCAUAGCUGAUGUGGUGGGUUAUACUUUCUUUAACCUGCUGAAGAUGCACUGCUUCGAGUUCUCCCACAGACUCCAGUGUACUCAGAGAAACUGGUUUGGCAUGUGUAAAGAAAUGAAACUGGCUCUGUAUGCGGAUGUCCAUCCACCCUCACUGUACGAGUCUGAAAAUCAGACCGCAGCCAACAUGAACAGCUCCAUCAUAAACACCACCGCACCCAGAGAACUCCUGGAGAGCAGCAAGUCAGACCCCAAGCUUCACUCCAUCACUGCUGCUGCAGCAUCCACACCUACACCCUCGACAAGCUCCACCUCUGCCUCCAUCACACCUGUCACCCACGGCAACGCCACAGCUGUCACAAAAACACCCACAGGAUCCAAACCAGACAGGCUCGAAAACACUCUACCCACUAAAAACUGGACUCUGCCUCACCUGGAUGCCGAUGUCACAGAGAGGCAGACGUCGUGUGCUGUGUACAAAGAUCUGGACAAGUGCAGGAACAAGAUCCUCCCCCAGCAGAAGAGAUUUGGACUUCACAACCUGGAGACCAGGACGCUGUACCACUGCAACUGCACCAGCAGAUUAUUCCAGACUUUGGCUAAACAGAGAAAACUGACCCAAGUGCAGACUCUCCUUCUGGGACAUGUGUCUAAGUCCUGCUUCCUCACACAGGACUGCACAACAGACAACAUAUGUACAGCAGUUCUGGUGCAAGCACAGCUUCCUCAGCCGGAUAAGAUGAUCGGUACAGACAUGGAGGAGCAGCGCCAUCUGCAGGCCGUCACCCAGAAGGUCAGGAGGCCAAACAGCAGGCGAGGGAAGAGAAAAGACAGAGCAGUGAGGCUGCACAGACUGUGCCUCAAGAUGAGCCGAGCCAAAUACAGCAAGAUGCUCAUCAGCAGGAUGUGAGGGGGGAGAACUCGUCUAAAUGUGAAUAUUAUAUAAAGAGUUCAAGUGUUCAAUGUUCUAAUGUGAUAAAUAAGACAUUAUGUGAUACGCAGAAGCAGAUUAAAUCAUCCUAAUAUUGUGAAAUAAUACAUUUUAUUAUUUUUUAGGUCAUUUUUCCUGCUUAAAGUUUUACUUAGUAUAAUAACUGAGAACACUUAAUCUCUAUUAAUUUAUUUCCAAACAAGCUGAUGACAUGAAAACAGAAGAAAUAAGAUUGUAGAAAAGCUGGAAUCAAAUUAGGUUUCCUGCAAAGAUGGAGGAUGAAUCAUUUGGUAAACACCAGCACAUUCAUCAUCUUCAUUGUCUGCAGAGUAUCCAUGCUAUGAACUAUUUUAUGAUGUCUUAUUUAUUUAACAUUGAACACAUUGUAGUAUUUUGUGUACAUAUUGAACAUCAGGGAUGUCGUGAAUCUAAAUUGUGACCAAAUUAUGGAAAAAUAGACAACAAAAGUACACAACUGUACCUGCAAAACAUCAGCUAAGCUUGAUUUGGCAUUGAGAGCACUUGAACUGAAUCUUGAAGACUGACGUUAGUAUUUAUCUCAAAGCAUAACUUUGCCUAAGAACAAUUUCAGCUGCUAGCUUGUUCUGCUAUAUGUCAAAAUGUCUUCCAUGAAAAGGAUUUGAUACUAGUGUCGGUGUCUUUCCUCGUUACAAAGCGAUGAUAUUUUCCCAACCUUUUACUAAACCUUUUCAAACGUUUAGUCUGUAUAGGCUCAGUGGUGAGCGUUCAACACUAAGUGUGGUUGUAAAUAUUUGUAGUAUGAGUUGAAGAAGAUUUAGAAAAUGACUCAGCAAUUUUGUAUGUAAAUAUUUGUACAUAAAAAGUUUGUUGGAAUAUUCCA